UUAAAAACUAUAUAUAUCAUCCGAUUGUUUCUUAUCAGUUCAUCAAUAUUGUUUCAGUUCCAUCGUCGUUUCAUGAUGAAACGUCUAAGUCUAUAUAGUUUAACGCUGAUAUUUUUCCUGUAUAGGACAUGCAUGAGAUUGGCUUUAGAUGAUAUUCAAAUUGUUUGUAUGUGGUAUGUAACCGAUCAAUAAUUGUUGAUCCGUGAUGCAUGUUGGAUCGUCAUCCCUAACAGAUUAUUUCCCAACACUGUGAAUAUGGAAGAUUCAGAAAGACCAUUUCUAAGUAGACUCAUUUGGAAAAACACGGGGUUACUAUGUCUUGUGACUUUGAUAAUACUACCCAUCAUUAUUGGUGUUGCACUUGGAUAUUUCAUUUUAUUGUUAUUUGUCGCCUCAUAUCGUAAAAUUACCGGUGAAAAAUCUCGUGAAGAAAAGGAAAGUGAGGUAGCAAAAAAAAUACGAAUUGUGAUGGAAAAUGAUCUGCUUGAUAAGGCCUUCAUGAAGUCUAAGGAGCUUCCUGUGCAAAAGCCAAAAAUUUUAUGGCCGUUUCCGAGGACCAGCUCUUAUCGCGAAAGUCAGGUUUCAAGGGUUGAUAAGCAAUCUUUAAGUGAGAGUGAGUCUGGUGAAUCAAUCGAAGAAAUGGAGGGACAAAGUUUUAUACAUUUUGCAGAGAUUUUUCAUGAAGAAAUGCAAGUAGCUGUUAAUGAAGCUAAUGAUCUUAUUUCACAAAAGCAAGCAGAGCUUAAUGUAACUGACGACGUCAUUAGCUCUGAAGUUGCGAAUAUUUCACGGAGAAAUAGUGCUUCAUCUGGUCAUUAUUCUACCGCUAAUGAAAUGAUAGAUUCUGAUAGCAGUGAUAUUUCGAAGGAAAAAACGUCGGUAUCUAAGAAAUGCAAUAUUUCUGGAGAUUGUGGCUUUAGCCUUCAAACCGCAGAAGAACAAGCAGGAGGAAAUGAUCUGUUGGAGAUGAAGAACUUUGAUAAAUUACAAACUGAUGUUACCGAUGAAAGUGGCUUUUUUGAAGAAUGUUCAUCAAAAAUUCGCAAUUUGAGAAUGCCAACAAUCGAAACAGAAAAUGACUUAGCGACUGCUAAUGCUACUGUCGAGCAUUGCAAGACCACUUAUCAACCAAGAGAAAAUAUCUCCAGCCAUAGCGUGGACAUUCCUCCUUUUCUUGGUAAACUACGAUACUCUGUCAAUUAUUUUGAAGAGAGCAAUGAACUUCAUGUUACCAUUAUUAAAGCUAUUGACCUAUCGAAUGAAUAUAAGGAAAACACAAGUGAGCCUAGUACGUUUGUUCGAGUCAGUUUACUCCCUCAGAAGUUUUGUUGGCAAAAGACAAAGGUUAUAAGUCAGACUCGAAAUCCUGUUUAUAACGAAACAUUUGUUAUCUCUGGGUUUUCUCAUCAACGCUUUUCAAAGUAUAAUAUUUUGAUCUCUGUUGUGAAUGCAGUCGUGUUUGACCAGAACUUUCUUGAAGAUCAAGUGAUAGGAGAGCUGUGUGUGCCGUUAAACCACGUGAUCAACUGUAUCUAUAAUAAACAUAAGGCAUUUUCUCAAUGGGCAGAGCUAAAAUCAAAAUUUGUCGAGUCAGAGCAUAGUGCCCAGUGUGGAAAGAUCAACAUUGCAAUAUGUUAUCGGCCAAUUAGCGGCCGACUUAUUGUCACUGUUAAAAAAGCUAAGGACUUGAAAUGUGAUAGUAAGGAGACGUUUGAUCCCUAUGUAAAAUUAAUUGUGUACUGUGAUGGCUCAAGGGUAGAAAAAGGCUCAACACGUGUGAAAAGAAAAGUUUCUUGUCCCAUUUACAACGAAAAGUUUAAUUUUGAUUUAGGCAACGACCAAAUUUUACACACUAGUAUAGUUUUGAAAGUCAUCAACAAUGUCAAUUCCAGUUGUGUUGGAACAGCAGUUGUAGGCUAUGAAUCAAGUGGCCAUUGCAAGGAGCAUUGGUUGAAUAUGAUGAAAUUUCUAAGCAAACAUGUCGAUGCUUGGUAUACCUUAUAUUAUUAACUUUUAUGGCUGACCACAUACAUUAGAGAUCUUCAAUAUCAGAAUGUGAAAGAAAAUGAUGAAAGCAUUCGAAAAAACAGGAAUGCAAAAAUUGCCAAGUUCAAGGUAGCUCAAUUUACAUCAUUGAAAACAUCAAAAGGAACGCAAUCUCAAUUCGAACAACCAAAGACGUCAUAUUAAAGGAGUUUGAGAUGACUGUUUGAGUAGUAAAGUUAGAGAAAGACGAAAAAGAACCAAAAGACAGAUGAGAGAAAGCCUUGAAAAUAUGCUUCUCUUCAGUGAAAGAAGAUCAGAUGGCAUGCGGUUGUUUUGUGGUAGAAAAGAAAACAAACAUUUAAUUAUAAAAAGGAUGUUGAAAUUCGUUUAAUAACACUUUAUUUCCUAAUGGAAACUGUGUAAUUUAUUCACUUGGGUUAUGAAACAAUAAGAUAGUAUCUCAUUUCCUUUA